GGGAAAACCAGGGAAGGCUCCUUGUCUAACAGCAUAUAAAAAAGACCAAAAGGGCUCCCUUUGAUUUGCAGUUUUUCUGCGGAUUAUAUAAAAAGGGGGGAGAAGACCCACUUUUGUUGGUCAAAUUGUGUGCCAAUUAUCUCUCUCUCUGAUCAGAUUGUCUACUCGUCUUCUUCCAUGUCGAUGAUUUCUGGGAUCCAAGGCCAGCUCCUUGAAGUUACCGUUGUUGGGUGCAACAAGUUGAAAGAUACAGAAUGGAUUUCAAGGCAAGACCCGUACGUUUGCAUUGAGUACGGCAGCAACAAGUCCCGUACCAGAACCUGCACAGAUGGUGGUAAAAAUCCCACAUUCCAGGAGAAAUUUGUGUUCACGCUGAUUGAAGGGCUCAGAGAGCUAAAUGUUGUGGUUUGGAACAGCAACACCUUGACUCUUGAUGAUUACAUAGGCAGUGGAAAGAUUCAAUUGCAGAAGGUACUUUCACAGGGCUAUGAUGACAGUGCUUGGCCAAUUCAGAGUAAAACUGGCAGAUAUGCUGGAGAAGUUCGACUAAUACUGCAUUAUUCAAAUGCCAAUAAACCAGCUACGAGCUAUGCUCCUUCAGCACCACCAUAUUUUGCUCCUCUUCCGCAAGCCCCUUUGUACUCUAUGCCACCACAAGCAGCCACAGCUGGUUAUCCACCGGCAGCCACAGCUGGUUAUCCACCACCAGCCACUGUAUAUCCAAGCCCAUCUCCUUAUUCUGCAUAUCCUCCAAAUUCGGCAUAUCCACCAGCUGCAUAUCCACCUCCUCCACAAGCGGCAUAUCCUCCCCCAGCAUAUCCUCCGCAUGCCUAUCCACCACCUCCACAAGCCUCGCCAUAUUAUCCUCCAGGUCCUUUUCCUGGACUCCAUUUCCCGCCACAGUACUGAGGGAGAGCCCAGCAUGCACAAGUGAAGAAGCAGACAUCUCGAAUCCACUGUAAAGUUAUCAGAGCUUUAUGGAUUAUGGUUUUUUUUUUGUUGUCGUUGUAGGUGCUGUUGGGUACUUGAAUGUGUACCAUACCAAGGUUUUCCUUUCAAUUUAUUGAAUUGUGAAUAUGUCUCAUUUUUUUCUGAAGGUUUAUGGUUUGAUCAAUGACUGUGUAUAUCCAAGCCCAUCUCCUUAUGGUUUGAUGAGUCUAUGGGCUCGGGUUGAAAGGGCUCAAUGGAUGAAUCAUAUUGGAGGCCCAUUGAAAUUACAAUGAUAUUCUGAA